AUGGACCACGUUACCAAAGCAAUUGACGAACUGAAUGUUGGAGACCAGACGGCGGGCUCCAAAGACACUCUAGUUGAGGUGAAGGACGGGGAGAAGGGUGAGCAGGACAAGGAGGGCGGACCUGGAGAGACCAGAGAGGCUGAGACUGGAGAGGCUGAGACUGGAGAGACUGAGACUGGAGAGACAGAGACUGGAGAGACAGAGACUGAAAAGGACACCGCUGGUGAAAUCAUCGAUUUGGUAUGUCCUCCAGACCUCGAUAUAGGCUUCAAAGUGCCCUAUGAUGACGAAUACACCAGUCCCUACAUCAGUCUCGGAUCUGGAUAUCAAAAGUCGUACGAUCGCUGCUUGGAAUUGGACGAAAUUGUUAUUCCGUGCGAAUACAUCUCCACAAACACGGACGACAACAAGUUUGUCACUCUGUGGCUGGAUUACCCUCUGGAUGACGAGUACAGCUUCAAAAUCUACCCUGAAGACGCGUCCAAGGGGUUCACUCGGGGCCAUUUGAUCAGAGAAAUCAAGCGUACCUACGAUAAGCUGUAUGCUGAGGAAGAAGAAACCAGUUCUCUUCCGGUGGAGAACAUUCCCGGCAUGCUUAACAGAGCCACCACUGAUGGCAACUAUGGGGUGUGGGGUCAUGCCCUGGACGACCUGGUGCUUCAUACCAUUUCGUACAAUUACGCCAAAAACGAAAUUUGGUUGGGAAUUGACAGUUAG